AUGAAGGUAGCAGUGGAGGGAUCAUCAUCAUUGAGGGUUUCGGAACAAGCGGUCCAAGAUCAAACUGUAAAUAAUAGAAUUAAGCAAUGGUCAUCCUAUGGCUCUUCCGAAAAUAAUUAUCAAGCCAUUGAAGAAUUGAUUAAGAAAUCUAAGGAAAUGUAUUCAGAGGAGAUGAGAGUUGAUUUUUCAUCACAACUAGCUCGGGAAUCCAUUAAGAGAAAGGCUCUUGAUACAACUCUGUUAGUUGGAUCUUGGUAUACAGGUGAUAUGUCUGUCUAUACUGCCAAAUCUGGUGGUGGUGGAGGAUGUGAAACUAAAACCUAUCCAUUCAUUCAAAUGAAAUCAACUGGAUCUUCCAUUACUGUUUCAGUUGUUGGAGUUUCCUUAUUGACAAUUGACAGUGUAGUUCAAAGACCUUUUAGCACUCUCUAUAAUGGUGUCUUAACUUACCAAAAGGAUUCAGCUCCAGUCUGUUUCGAUCUCAAGAAUGGUGCCUUAUCAUUAUCAACUGAUUUCUUAUUGUGUAGCUCAGUGAAUGAAAAACCAACUUGUUCAUCCGUAUUAGAUGCCGUUACAAUUACUUACAAUAGUCCAGGAACAAUUACUUCAGCUUCCAUUGCUGGUGUUGUCAUUGUCAUUGUCUUGGUAAUUGUUUUCUGUAUUGCUUGUUGUGUCUGUUGUUGCUGUUGCAUGGCCGAAGAAGAAGAAGAAGAAACAGAAUGGCUAUGGGUUCAAUGA